AUGGCCCCCAGAAAAAUCCCAUCCGCUGACGCCACGCCCGGCUCACGAUUUGACCGGAAGACACGGGAGCACCUCAAGGUUGCGCCAGGGUGCCGCCCCGAGAACACAGGCUCGCGCCGGCGGCAGCCACCAGCACAGGUGGAGAGAGCGGGGGCGGGGAGCAAGGCGGCACUCGAGACUCGAUUCGGCGGCGGCGCUCAAGAUGUCAUCAUCGCUUCCUCCUCCUACAAGUGGAGAGGUCAAGUAAAAGAUAACAUAUUCAAUGUGUGGAAUUAUGGUUUUAGUGUUGGACAAGGAUUUAGAUAUGGGUUUUGUGGCGCUACCAAGAGAUCUGGAGGUGCAACGAGACUAACACAGCAUCUAGCUAGGGUGCCAGGUGAUGUCGCUUUUUGCAAGAAGGUGCCAAGUGAUGUGAAGCAUGCUAUGUGGAGAAAGCAUAAAGAAUCUAAGGAUAGGAAGAAAGAUUUAAAGAGGACCAAAAAGAGGUUGGAAAAUACUCUUCAAGAAGUGAAUAUGAGGCAGGCCUCAUAUGAGCAUGGAUCUGGUAGUUCAUCUGCCCCAGCAGCUAGUAGCGGAUCAUGCAGGAGACCUCCUACUGUACAGCCAAGGAUUGACUCAUUUGUUACAUCUUCUAGUUCUGUCCAACCUAGGAUUGACACCACCUUGAAGGAAGGAGUGGUGGAAAAACUUGCACAAGCUUGGUCCAAAUGGUUUCAUGCAAAUGACAUUGCAGGGGUAAAAGCUAAUUGUCCUUAUUUUCGAGCAGCAAUGAGGUUGACUCAAGAGUUAGGAACAACAAGUAGGUUGUUCAGUGGGAGUGACAUCGAUGGCCCAUAUUUGGAUGCUAACUAUAAAAGCAUUGAAGAGGCUGUUGAGGUCUUUAAAAGGGAUUGGAAGAAAUAUGGUGUUACAAUCAUGUGGGACUCAUGGACGGGUACGACAAGCAUGAGUAUUAUCAACUUCAUGGUGUAUUGCCAUGGGCACAUAUUCUUCCAUAAGGCUAUCAAUGCAAGUGAGCACAUCCAAAAUGCAGAAUAUUUGUAUACACACAUUAAGAAAGUGGUAGAUGACAUUGGCCCUGAGAAUAUUGUGCAGCUUGUCACUGAUAAUGGGGCAAAUUACAAGAAAGCAUGUGCCAAGCUUAUUGACGAGUACCCCGGUAUUGUUUGGCAGCCAUGUGCCGCUCAUACAAUCAACCUAAUGUUGAAGGAUAUUGGUAAAUUCUCUGAGAGUUUGUGGGAUAUGAAAGAUAAAUUCCGACAGUGGAUGGUCUCUGAUGAGUGGAGGAACAGUGCUUGGAACAAUGAGCUUGGCUUCAAGUAUUUGAGAGCUCUCGAAGAGGCAAUUGAAAGGCUAGCUGAAUCGGUCGAGGAUGGGGUUGAAGCAAUAAGACAAAUUCGUACCUUUAUAUCCUAUGAGAGAAAAUUUGAUGGAAAAUUAGCAAAGGGUGCAGUAGGCAAAAUGCCUGCAGCUGAUUGGUGGGUAUUAUUUGGUGGUGAUACACCAGAGCUGCAGAAGUUUGCCAUUCAUAUUGUUUCGCAGUGUGUCUCAUCUAGUGGGUGUGAGCGGAAUUGGAGUACUUUUGCACUAGUUCAUACAAAACUGAGAAACCGCCUUGGUUAUGAGAAGCUGCGAAAGCUUGUGUAUGUACGCCACAAUUUAAAGCAACGUCUCAAGCAAGGUGUAGGGAAAAAUCAAACAGAAGAGAAAGAGGCUGAUCCAUGUGCUCUAUUGAUGGAUUGCACAUUAUUUGAUGAAUCAAACCCAAUCAUGAAUUGGUUGAACAGGCCAAAAAUUGUAGAUGAUGAUCUUUGUCUUGAAGAAUUGCUUGGUCGGUCAAAGAAGAGGAAAAUUCUUGCUCUACAGAGGGCUAAUAGGAGGAGAAAAGGUAAGAGGGUUGUUGAAGAUGAAGAAGACUUUGUAGAAAUUGAAAACGACACAGAUGAUAGCAGUCCUCAUGGCAGCCCUGCUUAUGCAGAAUCUGCUGAUAGUAGCUCAGCGAAUGACACAGACAAUGAACCAGAGCAUAGGGAUGGUGAUACUCUGGGCACACACCAACAAUUUGAAGAGCAACCAGAGGACGAUAAUCGAAGGGGACAGCGUGCUAGGAAGAAGAAGAGGGUUGAAGGAUUUCUCUAUUAG